AAAGGGGUUGUGCGUACCCGCACGGCCGCACCACCCCACAGUUCGUCACCGUGGUGGAGCAGUCUCCACUCGCCACAGCCCACCGCCCCCCAAGCCGUCACCUCCUCGCCCGCGGCCGCGUCGCCGGCUUGUCAACAAGCUCGUCUAGAUCGGCCGCCGCAUCGCGCCACGCCGCCGUCUCUGUGCUCCUCGCCGCGCAGGUCACGCCGCCAGGGAAGCAGGCAGCAGGCAGCAGGCAAGCAGGAAUAUGGUGAUGAAGAGCAAGAAAACUGUGUACGGAUCAUCAUGCAAGAAGGGCAAGGUGUUUAGCAGCCUAAUUGGUAGACAUGGUUCUGAAAUAGAUCCAUGUUAUAGACUUUUCCUUGAACAUUUAAGCAGAGAUGGGAAUACAUAUGUCGUCGAUGUGCCAAAGGGCGACCAUGGCUUGCCCUUUUCUGUACGGUAUGAGGAGGAUUGUACGUCCUAUGGAAAUACUAAGGGCAAAAGUAGCCCAAAUUUUCCCAACCGUUCACGGCGCACAAGUUCGGGCAUUUCAGAUGGCAAACGACCUGAUGUAAAAGUGGUCAAGGCUGCCAGCAGAAAUGUGAGUUACUCCUUUUCACCAAAGAGAUCAUAUGUGCAAAAGAAGACGACCACGACCUCAUCAGUGGAUGAAUCUUAUGAGUUAUUUCUGAGCCUUGUGAAGUUCAAGGAUGGUUUCAUGGUUAUUGAGCCAGAACCAGGUGUCACCAUUGUAUAUGAGCGAGAAGAAGAUAUGCCAGCUGGAUAUGAUGAAUGGAGAACUGGCAGUUCCACAAAUGAACUGCCUUUGGUGUCUCCACUUGAAAACAUGGAGGAAGACUACACCAUGCAAAGAUAUGAUCAUGGGGUUGCACUGGCUAACGAAAUUCCUUCUGAACAUGAAAUGGCUGCACCUUCUUCAGAGAACAUUGAUGGUCAGGAUAUUAUUUGCACAGAUGAGCGUAGCCUUGUACUUUAUGCUGAACCGUCUGAUUUAAACGCAUGUGAAGAUGAACAAGCAACACCUCUUGCUAUCAGUUACGGUGGUUCAUCUACAUUUGAUGAAAAACUCAAUGCUGUUUUAAGUCAACCAUAUGAUCAAAACGAAUACGAAGAGCUUUGGAGAAAAGCCACUGACCGGAAGCCUGUGAGCAGACAAAGACACUUGCGAAGUGCAUCAAAGCGCUAUGUUACAGAGGCAAUCGGGUUGUCAUAUCUCGAUUAUUACCCAGAUCUAGCCGUACAAAUAAACUCAGCUGACUGUGAUAAGAGACUGAGCCUACUACGAAAGUUCUUCUUCUGGUUGGAGAACUUAUGCCAUGAGGGAGCGUACAUGCCCUGGAUCUCCAAACCUCUAGCUUGCAAUCCCAUUUCACCAGAUGAGUAUGAACCGAUGCCCGCUCUCAAGACACACGGAGAUGUGCCCGGGGUGAGCAGUUAGCUGAGAUUUGCCUACAGCCUCCCUGCAUCUCUGGUGGUACCUGAGUAACCUGACUGCUCCAGUGCUCCUUGUUUGGAUGCAUCGAGGCUCCUCACCUGCCGUGUGCACAUGUCAUACUUGUUAUGACACCAUUAUAAAACAAAACAAAAUUGUAUUGGCCUAUUGGGACUUUGAUAUGCCUGCUGCAGGUUUAGCACUCGUUGUGCAGCUCCAUUUAGUGUCUUAUCUGUGAUUUUUGUUUAGGAUUCACACUAAGCUGAGCUUGCAAUCUUCAGUGUCUAUGCAGUAACUGCUCCUCCUCCGAGGUUUCAUGCUCUGUGGUGAAUGUUUUCAGUUGUUUGAGGAUUUCAUUACCCUCUCAAUCCUUAUGGGGAGUGGUUUUAUCGCCUGAUCUGCACACUGAAAUAAGCAUGGUACUACAUUGACCUCAUCUGCACACAAUUACAUCUGGGUGAAAAUAAAAUGAGUUUAUGCUAAUGCUGGAGCAGUUUUAUUUUUUUCUGGCUACAUUUGUGGCAACAAAUACAGCAUGGAUAUUGCAAAAAUGAUACCGCUAGCAUUUUAUCGUUACAAUAGUCCUAUGGAUGCAGGAUUUUAACAGUAGGAUAUAUGUAUGACCCUUAGUACUACUAAUCGUAUGGAUGCAGGCCUUCAAAAUGCUCCUUCCACUCUGGUUGCGUUAAUAACUUCAUCAACGGAAACAAGCAUCUGCACUACAUCUUCCAUGGUGUACACAGGACGAAGAGGAUUUGCGCUCCAGACGAUGGUUCUUUCAGACGCAUUGGCGAACCAGAUGGAGAAGGUGGAUGCGUUGGGGGAGAUGUUGUAGAAGCCACACAUGAAUGUGCCAUCCGGUGAAAGGAGCACGUCGGAGCUGCGCUCUACGGAGAGAGAGGAGCCUGACGAGAGGACAUUUAGAGCGGAGAUUUGCAAAAUAAGAUGGAUCAGAGUGAGAAGAAACACAAGUGUGGAGACUGCACCCAUGGCCAUUGCAGCAUUUGAGUUUUCUUCAAGUGACCUGGAUGGAGGACGCUCUUAUAGAUAGGACCCAACUUGCAAUGCAGUGUCAAGCCUCCAGAAGCAAUUGUGAGACUUUUCAACAGCAAUGAAGUUAGUCACUAGUCGCUAUACGAUAAAUGGUGAAUGGAGCAGUGCAGUUUUUUUUUUGCUGUCUGCUAUUGUAGUACAUGCUUUGCCGUUACAGAACAGAGUAUCUUUUUGGAAUGAGAGGGACUGCACUCUUGUGACUGGUCUUAUCAUAAUCUGUAAGCCUCCAAACAAAAAUUGAAGGAAACCAUAAUCUGUCCUCAAAUUACCUUGAGUUGUUUCUCUAUGCCAAUAAGAUUUCAAGUUGUCUGUUAA